AUGCUCCAGUCACAAGAGGAUAGCGAGACCGCGUGUGCCAGGCCCACUCUCAAGGCUUACAUAAGCCCCAAGCGCGUAGCCAAGAAGGCACAGAAAGGAUGCUCUUCCUACCACGCGGGCGACAAACGCCGCGCCGAGAACGCAGAUCCUUCCCCGGACGCUGCCCUCUACAGUCUUUCCUGUUACGCAAAACGUGCAUGCCAUCGUGAUAUCGUGAUGGCUCGCAAAUACCUCGGCGGCUCAGGGGAGCGCCUGACCGUGUGGAUCUCCAUCGCUGCCUCAACCGUUCUCAUCUUCUAUGGUUAUGAUCAGGGUGUUUUUGGAAAUGUGCUCGUCAAAGAAGACUUCCUCAGGACGAUGGGCUACCCCAGCGUCACCGAUCAAGGAACCAUGACCUCGGUCUACAACCUCGGCUGCUUCGCUGGUGCUCUGUCGACUCUUUACACAGGUGACAAACUCGGGCGCCCACGGGUCUUGAUGCUCGGAAGCUCGAUCAUUGCCGUCGCCGCCGUCAUCCAGGCAGCAUCUUACGGUGCCGCCCAGAUGUACGUCGGCAGGGUCGUUGCUGGGCUCGGUACGGGCAUGAACACGGCGACGGCUGGCGUGUGGCAGUCAGAGACGUCCAAGAUGAGGAGCCGAGGAAAGCUCAUCAUCAUCCAGAUGGCCAACUGCAUCACUGGCUUUGCGAUAUCUAAUUGGCUGACGCUGGGCUUCUCCUUUGCACCUGGGAGUGUGUCGUGGCGGUUCCCCUUGGCAUUCCAGAUGUUCUUCUCUGCCCUUAUUCUCCUCAUGUGCCCAUUCCUUCCAGACUCGCCACGUCUGCUUAUCCGCAAGGGCAAAUAUGAGGAGGCUGCCGAGGUCCUAGCUGCUCUCGAAGGACACGGGGCCACACCAAGCUCCCCAUCGGUUCGACUACAGUUCUCAAUUAUCAAGGAUGUCUUGGACAAGGAAUACGCGGUGAACUAUACUUGGUGGCAGCUCAUCACGGGCAAGGGUCCAGCUGGAGUGCUUCGACGAAUGAUCUUGGGUGCAUGGAUGCAGUGCUCCAACCAAAUAUCCGGUAUCAACGUUACGUCCUACUACAUGACCUACGUCUUCAUCCACGCUCUCAAUAUGGACGAGCUCCUGGCUCGCAUUCUAGCAGCUGCUGGCUCCAUGGACUACCUCCUCUUCUCCUUCCUGGCCUACUUUGUCAUCGAGCGCUACGGACGACGCAAAGUCAUGAUGACAUCGGCAGCGGCCUGUUCACUCUGCUGGACUAUCAUUGCAAUUUCUCUAGGCCUCUCGGAGACGGGCCGCGGAGAUACAUACAAGCUCGGUAUUGUUGCUGUCUCGUUCUUCUUUGUGUUUUGGGCCUCCUUUGCCAUGGGCGUUCUAGGCGUUCCAUGGCUCUACCCAACAGAGGUGAAUGCCCUGGCAUUCCGAGCCAAGGGAGCCAGUUUGGCCAUGGCGUCGAACUGGAUCAUGAACUACAUGGUUGCCCAGAUCACUCCGCCGGGAAUUCAAAAUCUCGGCUACCGCUUCUGGAUCAUCUGGGCUGUAAUCUGUGCAGCUUUCGUGCCCAUCACAUAUCUCUUCUAUCCCGAGACGGCAAAUCGGUCACUGGAGGAUAUUGAUCGAUUCUUCUAUGACAACCACAACAUCUUCGUCUUCAACAACAAGCUCGCUACCCAGCUCGAACGACCCGAGAUCUAUGAGGAGGCUGACAGAGAGGUGGACGCCCAUACCGAAAAGAUCGCUCGAGACCUGGAGCAGGCGGCGAACGCCGGUCAUGCGGGUGACAAGGCACUGGGAGAAACUCCCACAAUCGGCCACGACGAGGGGAGAUAG